GCGAUUUAUUUGGCCGAAUAUCCAUAAACGCCAGUUCCUUGUUCAUACAAUCGGUCCUCCAAGCUCUACGUAGGCAAACAUCCGGUUCAAAAUUUCAAUGUAGCACGUCUGAUUCGAGCCGCUGCUCAAGUAUUUCUGAAUCUUCUGUUAUCAAGUGCACUGUGCACCGAUAAGUCGGUGGAUCUGUAGUUUUUUUCGUUCCGUCGAGAGGAUAGUGGGCCGGUGCGACUCUUCGGGGUAUUGUUAUUAUUGCUAGUGCGUUCAAGAGCAGUGCCUGUGGUUUUGUGGUGGUUUCGCUUGGCAUGCACCAGGAUAUAGUCGAAAGGAUACUUUAAUGACCGGUGUAACGGAAUGGCACGGAGUUCCGGCUCAUCUGUAUGAGAUAUGACAGUUUCUGGAGAGAAUUAUGUAGACGAUAUUUGUGGUGAGGGAUGCGGAGGGGCUGUGGGGGGUGAGGACUCCAGUUACGAUUCCGAUUUUGAGGUUGAUCCACCUACAGGACAUCAGGAUGUCUCUCGAACAACUAGUGACACUCUUGCAGCAGAGUACGCUGAAUACGUUCAGUCGUCAUCUGAAAUAUCUCCAGGAUACACAGCCAGGGUAGAAUUCGCCCUUAAAUUAGGUUAUACAGAGAAAUUAGUGCAGGCCGCCUUACAGAAGUUAGGCCCUUCCCCUACUCAGAAUGAGCUCCUGGCUGAGCUCAUAAAACUGGGUGCCCAAAAGGGCAGUUCGUGUGAUAGCAGCCCCACGGAAAGUACUCUUGACGUUGCCGAUUUUCAUUUGGAAGCUCUCGAGGGAACCCAAUCAUUACGUCCAAUAGUGAUAGAUGGCAGUAAUGUUGCUAUGAGUCAUGGAAACAAAGAAAUCUUUUCCUGCCGUGGUAUCAAGAUCUGCGUGGACUGGUUCAAAGCUAGAGGUCACAAGACUAUCACAGUCUUUGUACCGAAAUGGAGGAAAGAAGCGCCACGUCCUGACAACCUCAUUCGCGACCAACAUAUUCUAGCCGAAUUAGAAACAGAAAGACUGUUAGUUUUCACCCCCUCCCGACAUGUUGGGGGAAAAAGAAUGGUGUGUUACGAUGAUAGAUAUAUCUUAAAACUUGCAGCCCAGAAUGACGGUAUUGUAGUUAGUAACGACAAUUAUAGGGAUUUGUGUCAAGAAAAUGCCGAAUAUCGUAAGGUUGUGGAAGAAAGGAUACUAAUGUACUCGUUUGUGAAUGAUCACUUUAUGCCCCCUGAUGAUCCGUUAGGUAGAUCUGGUCCUACGUUGGAUAAUUUUCUUAGAAUUCAGCCUAAAAAAGGUGAUCCCCCACCACCCUGUCCGUAUGCGAAGAAGUGUACCUAUGGGAAUAAAUGCAAGUAUCAUCAUCCGGAGAGAGGACCAUUACCUCAUAAAAGUGUUACGGAACGCUUAUCCGAACACGCCCAGAGACAUUUGCAGGACAUCAGGAAGACUCCACUAGGUCGAACCAGAUCUAACGUACCCCCGCCUAAGGAAUCUCAGCAUGCAGUUGUGUCUAAAAGCCGAAGUGUCGAUAACGUCGGUAGUUCUUACCAACACAUUCAGUCUACGGAAAACCUACACAAAAAACUUCAGAGACAGUUAACUCUAAAUCCAAGCUCCGAUCCUAGACUGGCUAGACGUUACGCCCCACCUAUAUCCAGUACGCAAAGUAGUCAGAUGACUUUGACUACACCUGCUAGUGGUUAUAUUGCGCAUCCGAGUUGGGAUAUGCAUCAACAUGUAACCAGAAUAGCAUCUGCACCAGACUCUUACAGACCCUGGCCACCUCAGCAACAUCCGCAGCAUAGACACAUGCAAAGAAUAUCGAGUUGUUCGGAUUCUCAGUUAAACGUGUGGCCCCCUACAUGGUCUCAAGGCAGCGUACCACAUCUUGCAAGUCCUACUGCCCAGGAGGAUGCUCGAAGAAAACUCCACUAUCAUUUAGCAGCCAUAUUUCCUGAAGAACAGGUUACCCAGGCCAUGCAGAUGUACCCGGAUGAAACGAAUCCGCAAAAAAUAUGCGCUGCGAUUUUAUCGAUGUUUCCGAAGACAUAAAAAGACGUGAAUUAUUCGAAAUGUAAGUGUAAGUAAAGGAAUGAUUACUUAUUGACGUUGAAAAAAAAGUAUGAGUUUUGAGACUUUUUUAUAAAUAAUGUUAGAAAUUAUUGACGUGAGUAAAUCUGAUUUUCUUAGGUACUUAAUAAAGUAUAUGAAGCUGCGAUGAACAUUUACCAGAUGAUUACGAAACAGUCUUAAAAUUCAUAGAACCCUUAACUGAAAUAUUAUUAUAGUUGCGGGAAAAAUAUAAAUAACUUAAGCUGGUCUUGUUAUUUAUAAUUUUUAUAAAAUGGCGAUUUUGUUUAAUAAAAAAUAAUGGAAAUUUAGGAUAAAGUAAUAAUAAAAUUAGUUUAGUGCCAGUUUGUUGCAUCAAGGUAAUAGACGGCAUGUGAGUCAUUCCAAUUAAAAUUAUCAAAUAAUCUCAACAUUGAUGCUUUUGUCUGCAAAUAGAAUUUAAUGAUCUAUACUCGAACCACAAUAUGAGAGUGAGACAAUUGGUACUAGCACCCUCUGUCAGCAAAUUUGGAACUGAGACAAUUCUUUUUAAGUGACAAUUUAUUAUACUAACAUGUUUAAAAUGGUAAUUAUAAAAUUUAUAGCAAUUUUGGGAGUUCCAUUUUGAGCAGUUUUGGGAUGUCCUAGAGCAAAUUAUCAAAAGUCUUCAUUUUUGGUUUAAAAAAUCAAAUUGAUCUACUUCCAAUAUUCGUUUUUGGUCAUUCGUCUUUCCUUUAGAGUUCAGUUGAUUUGCAAUUUUUUUGGAGAUCGGGAGUUUUCAGAAACAGAUCUGAAAUUGUAUGGGCUAGUAACAGUUAUUUCGAGGAGUUGCAUUGAAACGUGAACAACAAAAGAACUAACUUUGCUUAUCUUAUAAAUACUUUAUAUCAAUGUAACAUUUUAUGUGUAAUUUCACCAAAGGAAGGGAUCGUAUUUGAGGCGGGUAUAACAUUUUUUGCACCAAAAUUAAUAAUUCUAUUAACUUCAGAGUUUGCAAUUUAUAAUGUUUUUUGUGUGGCUUUUUUUUAGAUGUUUUUUUUAAGGUUAACAAAAUUAAUCCAACUUGCUAACACUAUCUAAAUCAAAAUUUGAGUUAACCUGUACAUAAAUUUAAUUAAUUUGUGGCUUAAAUGAAAAACGGUAUACGUACAGUUGAGUUCUUCAAAAAUAUAAUUUACGAAAAUGAAAAGCCACUAGAUGGUGCUGCUUUCAAACGGAAAACCAUAGUCAUUAUACACCAUUAGAGAUACGCAGUAAUAUUAAAUUUUGUAUGAUUUGCUUGUAACAAUAACAAAAAGGUAUUGGAAUACAGGUACGUGGAGGAAAAUGUGUUGUACAAACGUUUUGUGGCACCAACAGGGAUAGAAUUAUUUUUAUUUCGAAUAGACAGAAAUUAGAAAUUAGGAAUUUUUCGCGAGUUCCCAUUUGAUCAACGGUAACAAGAAAUCAGUUACAGGUGCAUUUUCGCGUAAUAACGGGAAUAGGGAAAAUUCAAGAAUAAGCUACUCUUAUGACGUCAGUACCUAUAAAACAGGAACUGAUUUUCUUACCGGUGUCUAGUGGUGUGUUACUAGCGGUUAUUGCGAUAGAGUGAAAGUAAGGUUAAAGUAAAGUAAAUCGUUCAAAUUACUUUGAAUUAUUUAGGAGACUUACAGUCCUUACAGAUCUGCCAACAGCUAAUGUUUUGUUGAAUAGAUUAAUCAAACAUGCAGUAUCAUUUUCUAUUACUGUUUUCAACAGUUUAUGAAAUGUUUCUUCAUGCGAAAUAACUGGAAAAAUACAUGUUCUUGGUAUGGUUUCUAUCCUACCAAAUGUGUUGGUCAAUUACAUGACGGGUAAGUUGUUCUCUAAAUACUUAUAUAAAAUUUUCGGCGAUAUUGCUUCCUUAUGAAAUUGUUCCCAAUUUCCUCAGAGCUAUAAAAAAAUAAAAAUAAAAAAAAAUUCCGAAAAGUUCGAGGAAAAGCAACAUGAAAAUGAAAAACAAACAACCGGUUAUCGGGUUACCGCAAACAAGAGUAAAAAAUUUCUGUUCAGUAACAAGGAGGGGAUGAACCGCUAAGAUUCUGAUGGUUAUGAACGGGAAUUCGCGAAAAAUUCCUAUAUGUCGAUUUCACAGAGAUAACAAAUGAAAUGCAGUUAUGCUCAAACUUCACUCAGACUAGAGCCAUUACCACCUAGAUUAAUAAGGCAUCCACUCUUAGUGACAAAUUUAAUGUAUUACUCCGUAAAGCAAUAAAUCCUUAACGAUAUGGAUUUACAUAUUAAAAUUUCAUUGAAAUUAAAUAGAUGUAAAAUUUGUAUUACCUCGUAACUAAAGAACAUAUUAUAAAUUUAAUUACAAAUAAAAUAAACAGUAUUUAACAUUUAGUUAGUCUUUCGAACUUGAGUAUGAACUAUACAUUUUAAAACGGAGUUGCCACAAAAACAGCCUUUUGCUACACCCUCUCGUUAUUUUUCCUUUCAUUUUUCUUAUGUAAAAUGAAGCUUUAAAGCAAAAACUAAUGCAUGUAGAAUCUUUAGAAAAUUGUAAAAUAGCAAUUGCUGCGGUCGAUAGCCGCACGGUUUAAGGCGU